CGGAAAGAAAGAAAGCUUAUAGAGUCAAAAAGAAGAAAGAAAGAGAAGUUGGUAGGAAGGAGGGAGAAUGGUAACCAACCAAAGAUUGAUACCGUUCGUUGGCAAAAGAGAAGAAGGAAAGACGUGAAGAAAAAGAGAAGAAAUUUUUAAAAAUAUUGAAUAAAUUUUAAGUUUAGGAAGAACUUAAAUUCUAAUAAAUACAUAAAUAAAUGCUUUGGCCCUUUAAUCUUACAAUAUGAAACGGUAGGCAGAUAAACAAAGCAGUUGGCGUCAUCGUGAAAAACGAAAAUAUGAAUGCAUGAAUGUCAGCAGUUCCAUGAAUCAUAUCGUCACUACGAAAACAAAAUUUUAUAUCCAAAAAUAAAAAGAAAAAAGAAUUGUGAAAAGCAAUCUUCUUUUAAUGUGAAAUGAAGAAACAGCCAAAAAUAGAGUAACUGAGGGGAAGCGGCACAAACGAAAAUCAGACUGGUGGAUUGAAGCAAUAUGAGACGUUUGGCUCGGCCAUCAAGAAACGUGUUAAUGGAUUUCGGUGCUGGGCGGCCGCAAUUUUGCCUACUUAUUCAAAAUUUUCAGCAUUUCAGACUUGAAACCAAUCCAGUGGAGCUUGACCCAAAGUUCAUUUGGCGCUCAAAAUACCAUGCACUUUUGGCGGAAGGUGAGGAGGGUCUGGGUGUCUGUCUCCGACAGGCUUAAACCCCAUAAACCCACUGUCAAAGGUGGGAAAGAUGGUGAAACCUGUAGUGGAAAUGGUUUAUUAAAGCUUCAAGAUGAUGUAAAGAUGUGUGGAUAUGAAGACGUACAGGUGAUGUGGGACUUACUGAAUUCACCCGAAAUCAAACAAAUAGGUGCCGCAACAACCACGGUGGUGUCUAGCAGCAAACAAUGGCCAUCUUCUUGGACGGCUAUCUCUUGGCAUAACCAAGGAAAUACUGCCUCGUCAUCUUCAUUUUGUUGGGUUAAAUCCGGUAUAGAUAAUAGUUAGAAAUUAUAUACAAAUUUUGUAUAUGAUAUUUUGUUCAUACAACCACAGGAAUGCCAUAUGCCAAUACCUAUCUUCCUUGUACCUUUUUCUUAUUAAAACUGGCGGAAAUUAUAGUUUAAGAAUGAAAUAAUACUGUGUUUUUUGUUUCUUUUAACAUAUAAAAA